GCUAGGUUGUGUGCCCCUCGCAUUCAGAGCUUAACACACCUCUCUCUUCGUGUCUCUCAUUCUUAUAACUCCAUGGCUGAGGUUAGCAGCGGCCAAGAUGUGCCCGGAAUUAAGCUUUUUGGGGCAACCAUUACAUUGCAGAACAAACAAGUAGUAGUUAAGGAUGAUCGUCAUCAUCAGCAGGCUAAGAAAGCCGACGACGUUCAUGACCAAACGGUGGAGAUGAAGAGGCCAGAGAAGAUCAUACCAUGCCCAAGAUGCAAGAGCAUGGAGACCAAGUUUUGUUACUUCAAUAACUACAACGUAAACCAGCCUAGACACUUCUGCAAGGGCUGCCAGAGGUACUGGACGGCCGGUGGGGCUCUACGGAACGUGCCAGUGGGAUCCGGCCGUCGGAAAACUAAGCCUCCGUGCCGGGAGUUGGUUGGUUUCCCGGAGGCUUGUUUGUAUGAGGGUUCAGAGGUGGUGCACCGGUUUGAGCUGGAAGGGGUGGUGGAGGAGUGGCACGUGGCGGCGGUACAGGACGAUUUCCGACAUGUUUAUCCGGUGGUGAAGCGGCGGAGGAGUGGCUCAGGUGGUCAAACAUGCAGCUGAUCAUUUCCUGCUGAUAUUUUUCUUCAUUGUGUAUUUUAGUAUUUCAUGAAUAUGAAAUUAACCAAUAUAAUAUGUGCUUUGUUAGCCUAAUGUAAGGGUGCAUAUAUACAAGUGGUGAAAUGGGUAUUUCGUAAUCAA